CGCCGCAGCUAGAUCGUGAAAAAUGAAAUAAACGCCGCGGCGUCUAUUCGAGUAAAUACGGUAUACUAAAAUCAGAUGUACUAUGCUGACUAAAAUCAAAUAAUAUAUUCUAUAAUCAGUUACAAUUUCAUUUUUGUAUUUUUGUAUCAUCUAAUUCUCAGCUAAUCGUCUUUCUAUUUAAGGUAAUGUUUAUCAGUUAGAAUCGAGCAUUAAAGACCUCAGCAAAUCAAAACAACACCUAGAGAAGAGCAUACAAUGCUACGAGAAAUUGUUUGAUGAUUUAAAAGACAAUGACCAACUCAAGGUUUCAAUUGUCGAUACAUUCAUCAAAACCUACAAAAUCCUCAGCCAAGUCUACAUCAAAACAAGACAAAGUGAAAAAGCUCUCUUAGUAUGUGAACAUGGGCGAGCACGUGCUUUGAGAGAUCUCUUGUCCCUUAAAUACAACACAACUGAGAAAGCAGAAACAAAAGCACUAGAACUUGCAGAUGUCAAGACAAUUUCCUCUCAUCGUGAAGGCUGCAUUCUUUUUUACAAUCUUCAUUUGAACAAAGUUACUUAUCAUAGCUGGGUCAUAUCAUACCGAAAUCCAUCUUCCUUCUUUUACGAUGAAAUAGAAAACCGCGAAGCUUUGGCAACAAUUUUGUCGAGCCUAUCUGAUGAUGAAAGAAAAACUACCGAAGCGGGAUAUUUUCAAUAUCUCGUUGACAACUGUUUCCAGCAGUUGAAUGUUAGAGAAGGAAAAGGAAUGAAAUGCGAAGACAGAUCAAUGAASUCACUAGMGCAUGAARACCUGGAGYGUGCACCCUCGACAAACUCCUCGCAGCUUAGUGAAAAUGCUCUCAAAGCUUUUCAAAAGGUUGACAGAUGCAUUCCCGACGAAGAAGACGAURAMAUGGAGCCUCUUGAUAUGCUUUUCUAUAGACUAGUUUCCCCAGUACUGGACCAGCUGACCCACGACGAGGUGAUUAUCAUCCCUGACGGUUAUCUUUUCAUGGUGCCAUUCGCUGCUCUUCAAGAUCCAACAACCGGCAAGUUUUUAUCGGAAAUCAAACGUAUUCGACUGGUUCCUUCUCUGACGACGCUGAAAAUUCUACAAGAAUCCUCGCAUGACAUGUAUUGCAGGUCAGGUGCUCUGAUCAUUGGAAACCCCAUAACUGGAUAUGUCAGUCGUAAUGGUCGUACAGUGACAUUCUCCCCGUUACCCGGUGCCGAAGAUGAAGCCAUACAGAUUAGUAAUAUUCUUGGUGUUCAGCCAUUGAUAGGUAGCCAAGCAACAAAAGAAACAGUCCUAAGAAGACUUCAACAAGGUGUGUCAAUUAUCCAUUUUGCUGCACAUGGUAGUAAGGAAAAUGGACAGAUUGCUCUUGCUCCUUCUAAACCUACGACCUACUCGAGUCCAGCAGAGGAGAAGGACUGCAUUUUGACCAUGAAAGAAGUACAAGAGAGUGGAAUUCGUGCUCAACUGGUUGUCCUCAGCUGUUGCUACAGUGGUCGAGGAGACGUAAGGUCUGAAGGAGUUGUUGGAAUGACUCGAGCCUUUCUUGCUGCAGGAGCUCGUGCCGUUGUAGCGUCAUUGUGGGCCAUUGAUGACACAGCAACAAAUUUUUUCAUGCUGAAAUUCUAUUCCCAUCUUAAGAAUGGAGACAGUGCAAGUAAGAGUCUGCAGCAGGCAAUGAAGGACAUGAGAGAGAUAUACGAGGAACCAAUGUACUGGGCUGGAUUCUUUCUGAUUGGAGACGAUGUCACCAUCACAGUGUGAUUGAACAUUAAUUAGAUAAUUGGAAAAUUUGAGUAACUUCAAAUUCAUCUAUUGAUUGACACAUGUUUUUCUUUAUAAAGCUUUAUAUAGUUGCAAGAAUAGUUGCAAGAACAUAGAUUUAAACAGUGAUAUUUUAUUGAAUAUCACAUUAGAGACAGUUUAGAGAGCGGGAGGAAGACACGAGGGGUCGGGGAUAUCGGGUGUAACUCAAAG